AUGCGAUUGCUUAACCACUAUACCGUUAACGCUCUGAGAAGGAAUGCAAACGUUAUUGGAGCCGGUGUCUCUGGCCUCACCACUGCACUACUGCUCCAGAAGGAUGGAUUCCAAGUGAAAAUACUUGCCGAACACUUUCCUGGUGACAUUUCUAUAGACUAUUGUAGUCCGAAUGCGGGUGCCCAAUGGCGUGCGGAUAGGAAUCUCGAACCUGGUUCCUUUAAUGCUAAAAUACACGAAAACACUUUCAAAAAGCUCCGUAAUUUGAUUGAUACAGAACCCGAUAGCGGUGUUGCAAGCAUGACUCUUUAUGAAUAUGAUGACGUUGUAGCAGACUCCAAAGACUCUUGGCUCAAAGAUUUGGUUCCCAAUGUGAUACCUCAAUCUCAAUUACCGGCUGGAGCCAAACGUGGGAUAUCUUAUACAACAGUGGCGAUUGACGUCCCAAAGUAUUUGAAAUGGCAGUUGCAAAAGUUUACUGAUGGUGGUGGGAUUACGCAGAGAUGUCGUCUCAAACACAUCAAGGAAGCAUUUGGCGAGAAUGUUGACGUUGUAGUCAACUGUACUGGCCUUAGAGCGAGUAAUCUUGGGGGCGUUGAAGAUCAAACUAUGUACCCGACAAGGGGACAAACUAUACUGGUACGCGCCCCCCACGUGAAAUCUAUGAAGACAUUAAAUGUGGGUGAUGAGGUUACUUACGUCAUACCGCGUGGAAUGUCCGGUAACAUCAUAUUAGGGGGCACUAUGGAUAAGUACAAGUCCGAGGAGUCGCCAAAUGAGGGGAUAGCAGAUGGCAUCAUGAGCCGGUGCAUCGCACUCUACCCCUCUCUGACAAAGGGUUUCGAAAUUAUUUCGCAUAACGUUGGGCUGCGUCCUUCACGCGUCGAAGGACUGCGAGUAGAAACCGAGACCGCGAGAAAUGACGAUGGCAAAGAGAUUAUCAUUUGCCAUAAUUAUGGUCAUCACUCGUAUGGAUAUCAAACCAGUUGGGGGUCAAGUCAGGAAGCUCUUGAGCUUAUCAGAAAAGCUCUGUCAAGCCAAGGGGAAGGUGCUCAGUCAAAGCUGUGA